CAAAGACGCUGCAUGUCCCACUUAUACAUAAUAUAGAACCCUGAAUGUAGAAUGUAGGUCCAAGUUGUUAUCUUACCGCCUAACUAUCUUAACUAUCUUGACCCUUGAUGUAUUAAACGCCAUCAUCACCUACCUUUCGUCAUCUUGGUUGUCGUUUUCUAUAUCUCUCUAUAUACUGUUUCCCCCCAUCAUCAUGCCAGAAAAGAAAGCCGAAGUGCCCCCUAAUGAGUCUGUAACCUACAGCUCAGGAACCCACGAUGGACCUCCCGACCUAAGAAUUCUACACUAUAAUGACGUCUAUCAUGUAGACCCCUCUAGUAGCGAACCGGUGGGCGGUGUCGCUCGAUUCAUGUCACUCAUUAAGCAUUAUCGAGAAGACGACAAGUUCCAAGGACAGCCGGACUUAGUGACCUUAUUCUCCGGAGAUGCGUUCAACCCAAGCUUGGAGAGCUCCGUCACCAAAGGUGAUCAUAUGGUACCUCUCCUGAAUAAGAUAGGGACAGAUGCUGCGGCAUUGGGAAAUCACGAUCUUGACUUUGGCGUGCGCCAAUUUAAACACCUAGCCUCUAAAUGCAAAUUCCCCUGGCUCAUCGCCAAUGUGCUGGACCCUGCCUUGGGAGACGAGGUUCCCAUUGGGAACUGCAAGAAGACUCACAUCAUCACUUCUUCUAACGGUGUCAAGAUUGGCCUAAUAGGGCUCGGUGAACGCGAAUGGCUGGCCACGAUCAACAGUCUUCCCCCUGAUCUUGUUUACAAAUCCGCUUCGCAGACGGCGAAGGAGCUUGUCCCCAAGCUGCGGGCUGAGGGGGCUGAAAUCGUCAUCGCCAUAACCCACAUGCGCGAGCCCAACGACAACAAGCUCGCCGAGCAGACCGACGGCAUCAUCGACAUCAUUCUCGGCGGCCACGACCACUACUACAACCACAGCGUCAUCAAGGGAACCCACGUCCUGCGCUCGGGCACCGACUUCAAGCAGCUGAGCUACGUGGAGGCCAGACGGCGGCCCGACGACUCGGGCAGGUGGGACUUCGACAUCAUUCGCCGAGACGUCACCUCCGCCAUCCCCGCGCACAAGCCGACCGUCGAGCUCGUCGAGAAGCUCACGGCGAGCCUGAAGGCCACCCUGCAGAAGCCCAUCGGGUACACGGCGGCGCCGCUCGACGCUAGGUUCCGCACGGUGAGGCUGCGCGAGAGCAAUAUCGCGAACUGGGUGUGCGACAUCAUGCGCCACUACUACAAUGGCGACUGCAGCAUCAUGGCGUCGGGAACUGUCCGCGGCGACCAGGUUUACGCCCCGGGGCCGCUCUUGAUGAAAGACAUCAUGAACUGCUUCCCCUUCGAGGACCCCGUCGUGGUGAUCAAGGUCCGGGGCAAAGCCAUCCUCGGCGCCCUGGAGAACGGGCUGUCGCAGUACCCCGCGCUGGAGGGGCGGUUCCCGCAGGUGUCCAACAUCACGUUCAAGUUCGACGGCGGGCGGCCGACGGGGUCGCGCAUCGUGUCGACGACGAUCAACGGCGAGCCCAUCGAUCUGGAGAAGAAGUACGUGCUGGUGACGCGCGGCUACAUGGCGCGCGGCAAGGACGGCUACGACGACCUGCUGAUCGAGUCCGAGGGCGGCGAGGCGGAGGAGAUCGUGUCUGAGGAGAACGGCAUCCUGAUCUCGAUGAUGCUGCGCCAGUACUUCAUGUCGCUGCGCGUUAUGGGACAGUGGAAGUACUGGGGGAACAACAUUGGCCAACACUGGGACCGCGUCGCCAGCAAAGUCAACGCGACGCACACGCACCCCAGCGCGGGCCCGAAGUCGCCCAGCGCGACCACGGCAGCGACAGCCGACGCCGACGCCGACGCCGCCUCGGGCUGGGACAACUGGACGCCGCAGAAGAUCCGGGAGCGCAAGACGCGCGGCGUGCCGGUCGACGAGUCCGACAACGAGGACUACGCCGACGUGGACGUUGGCGCGGCGGAGCCGACAUAUGCCGGCGAGAUAGAGAAGAUCGACCGCGAGAUCCAGAUCAUGCGCCGCGUGUUCGCCAAGUGGGCGCGCGUCGCCAAGGUCGAGAGCCAGGUCGGCGAGGAGCUCGACGACGGCGAGUUCGAGGUCGACUGGACCAGGGCGAUUGCGCCGAGGGUCGAGGGGAGGAUUAUUUGUGUGGGGGGUGAGCAUAAAUAAAAAGGAAGGGGAGGUCUACGUAGGCGGGAGGUAGAGAGUGAGUGUUUGGGGGCCCUAGAUGGUUAGA